AUGGUGCCUUGCGCUGCCAGCAGCAGCAGCAGCAGCGCCAGCGGAUCAUCCAGCUACCACUCUCCCAUGGCAGCCGCAUCCGCAUCCGCAUCCACACCCACACCCACACCCACACCCACCACUCUGGCAGAUCUCGGCAUCACAUCAUCCGAAGCGCUCAUCAAGCUGCUCAAAUCCGAUCCCAGUCAGAGCAGCAGCAGCAGCAGCAGCAGCAGCAGCUUGGCCAUCAAAGUGCAGGCUGCUCGCAUCGCGUGGGAGUGCGAGGAUGAGGAUGGAGGGAUGUUUGCGAGACGAGCAGAAACGCUGCUGGAUUGGACAUUGACGACGCUAUGCAAGCCUGUGCGAAGGGCUUGGGCGAGGGAAAGGGUGAAGAACGCGGGCAGCAAGGCGGCAGAGGCGACGAGUGUGGUGGAGGAUGGCGACGAGGAUGAGGAUGCGCUGUUACAGCUGUGGUUGCUGUUGCAGCGCAUCCUGCCCACGCUCAACACCCGCACAGCCACAUGCAUCCUCGCACCGCACCCUCUGCUGCGUCUGAUGCGCACCACGCUGCACCAGCUGCUGCUGCACUGUGACUCCAGCAGCAGUCAACGCAUCGAUGCUGUGCUGUCUGGCCUCGCAGCAGUCAUGCAGCGAGCGCACCCACACGCACACACCGACAUCGAUGCUCUGUCGGAUGCCAUGAUCGCAUUGCUGCGCUUUGCCAGGCAGCACCUCAGCCAGUCACAGUCCAUCGACGACAAGACGUCGACGUCGACGUCCAGCCAGACAGCCACAGCAGCCUGCCACGCCGACACGCACGCCCACGCCCACGUCCACGUGUCUUGCCUGCUGACAUCGCUGCACCGGGCUAGCAGGUCUGCGUGCGAUGCGAUUGUAGGCACUGCCAUUGCCAAAAAGGUGAGCAAGCAUCGUAUCGCAGUGCAGCGCUCAUCUUCUCACUCUCUUCCCCUUCAACGCUCCUCACACAGCUGUCUGCCCACUUUGUGCAGCACGCGGUGGGCCACUACGCUGCAGUCACGCGCUUGGUGGACCAGCUGCCUGCCACACCCACCAAGCACGGCUUGCAAGCUGCCCUCUCCCAACUCGCGCUGGACAAUCUCUUCAGCUUGCAUCAACUCGCCCAAGUCUCUUUAGCCAAAGCGCAAGAGCACGUGCACCCGCACCCGCACCCGCACCCGCACACUCUUGAAGCGCUCUUUGCUGCUCUCGACACCGACGCAGCAGAGCGAGAGGAUGCGCUGCACAUCUUGCCGCAGCUGCUCUACCAGCUCCACCAGCAGCUCUCGCGCCAUCGCGCUCUCCUCUUUCCCAUCACCCACACACACCCCAGCUCAUCCAUCGCCACCACCAUCGCCACCGCUUCCAGCCUCGAAUCACAACGCAAGCAGCAGCGCGCCAUCGAGCUGCAGGCCUUUUUGAUUCCUGCACAAGCACUCAUCAACCGCACGCCCGACGCAUCUCUGCGAGCAAAGGCGUGCGCGCAGCUGUUGCAACAGGUACAGCAUCUGCGCAUCUACGCGCGAGGAGCGAUGCAGUGCAAGGCUCACUUUGCCGCAGUGGCCAGCGCACUGGUCGACGAUCUGAGUGCGAUGAUGCAUGGCGGCGCAGCGCACACCAUCGAUGCGCUGAGCAUCAUGUAUGCGCUCGACGACCACAUUCUCUCACCGCUCCUCUCGCGUGCUCUUGUCUGUGUGGCCAGAGCACCGCAAGCAACAGCAGCCUCUGACGCAGGCCAGGCCUUUCUCCAGGCGCUCAUUCGCGCAGCGCAAUCGCAAAGGAGCGUCUCCCAACUCGUCGAGCUGUGCUUCCAAGCUGCAGUGGCGGCCGUCGAGCAUGGCAGCUUGGAAGAAGUUCUUGGCGGUCCCCUCUUUUCCGCGUCCAUCAUGGCUAGUCUAUGCACAAGCGUCGCCGUGUUCCUACCUCCCGAUCACGUCAUCCAUGUCCUGCAACAUGUCAAUGCCCGACUCGCCGCGCUCUCAGACCACGCCCAGCACGAGUCGUCAUCGUCGGCGGCGGCGGCGGUGGUAACUUUGCGCCUCGCCAGCAGCAUCAUACUCCACAUCCACCUCCCAGAGCCUCUGCGUCACCAAACGGAUGCACAACUUUGCCUCGUGCUGGACAGCAUCGUCGGCAAAACAGAGGGACGCGGCAUUGAGGCGCUGGCAGAGAGUUUGCAUCUGCAUCGCGCUGUGGACCUGCGAUUGCGCAGCGGCAGAGACUUGUCAGAAGUCGCGCAUACCGAGGACGGCGACGGCGACGACGACGACGGCGACGACGGUACUGCGCAUGCAUUCCGCAGCAUCACGCGCCACAGACGCACCUUUGAAAGCGCUUGCGCACGCAUCUGCAAGAUCAUCGCGACAGCCACAGGCACGGCCACAACGGCGCUGCUCUUGUCGUUCGUCAAGCUGGCACUGUACUUUGCCACCAUACACGAUGCGCACGCGCCCCCAUCCGACCACCUCGAUUUUGCAAUCGAGCGAGUCAUGCAGCUUUGCUCUGGUGGCAGCGACGACGCAGCACUCGCCUCGACGGCGCAGGACAGGCUCGCUUGCCAAGCUGCGGUGGUCUGGGAGCUGAGCGAGGCUUUCGAGUAAGUCGUUUGCACCAGCGUGCCAAUAGAUACGCCCCAGCUGACGCCUUUUAUUCUGCAUACUCGACAGCGUAUUUGCCCCUCGACAUGCCCUCGUGCAAUUUUGCAAAAAGUGUCUCUUGCCAGCAUGGCACGCGCACGCGAUUGGUGCUGAUGAGAGUCGCUCACCGCUGCACUAUCUCGCUCGCGACGCCGCUUUUCUGGAGCUGGCGAAUUGGCGUCAAGCCAUACUCGUGGCAGUGCAGAGCGAAAACGACGCCGUCGUACUGGCGCUCGACUUGCUCCCCAUGGCCUACUUCGACAUCGACUUGAAGCGAUCCUUGCUCGUCUCUUCUCUUGGCCUUGCUGCGUCUCUUCAGCGCAGCGACAGCACCAACGCUGCACCGAUCCUGCUCAGAUUCCAGACCCGCUUGCUGCAGAGCUUGUCCGCCGAGCUGCCUUCUCACGCUGUUCAUCAAGAGGUGAGCUUCAGUGCUACCAAAUGCGGCGCAAUUUUUCCAGGCUGACAGCGCUUGCGCCCUCCAAUAGCUGCGAGAACAAUUGGUCGAGGCUGCAAAACGCGCGCUCUCUGCGCCCUUUGCGGGGGCGAGCGAAAGUGGGCGCCUAAUCUCUGCCUUUGCUACGUCAUUUGUAAAUUGGGCAUCGAGUGCAGCGCCAAACCAGCAGUCCGAGUGGUGGAGCAUCCUGGCGCAAUUUUUGCAGGGUGCGAGAGACGCAGAGCAAGUGGCCAGCUCGCCGGCGUCUCAGCUGCAGUGCGCAUCUGCCCGCGCAGCAGUACUCGCCGCGUUCACAGAGAGAGCCGGCGAACAUCGAAGAGCGCCUUCGGGAGAGAUCAUUGCGGUAUUGCAAGAUCAGCUUCCGGGGACGAUGCAGGACGACGUGUGGAGCAUCACCCACAGUCUCGCACAUCAAGCUGCGGCUCAAGCUGCGCAACAGAUGCUGCAGCUUCGACUGCGCCUCCAGCUCUCGCAUCAUUUGCAAACGUCUCCAUCAAGCCUGCCCGAGUCGAGCGCGGCCACGCUGCUCGAGCGCAAAACUGUCGAAUCCAUCUGCACCGCUUUCACGGGUGAUCUCGCGCUCCAGUACGUGCGGCUGCUUGGUGCUGUACUGCAGACCUCUACGUAUCCGCGCUGCGCCUUGGGCGGUCGCAUCGCUCUUGCCCUCGCUGCUAUUCUUGCGAGCGUUGAUUCUGCAGCGGGAGACGAUCUUGCGAAUGCCUGCGCUGCAUGCACAUCCAAGCUCACUCGCCAAGAUUACGACGCAGCGUUGUCGACCGCACUGGAUGCCUUGCGGCUAAUCUUGACCGACUCGAGCGUAGCAGCAGCAGCAGCGGCAGCGGCAGCGCGUCGACGCGACGCUCGAGGUCUGCUCCUCACCCUGCAGCACCUCCUUCAACGCGGUCCCGAAGGAACACUGCAGAUGGCACAAAGGCACUGGAUGGCGCUCUUGGGCACUGUCAACCUCUACAUCGAUACGCUUCCCCUUGUGCUUCUCUCGCCAAUUAUGCACCUCGUCCAGAAUGUCGUCUCGACCCGAGCCAUGCUACUCCGGCUCGCCGACGUCAGCUUGCUCCUGACCAUCAUCAGCAAGCUCAUCGGACCGCGGUCGCGAUUGCGACAGGCACAUGAGGAGGCCUUCGUGCCGAGCUCUGCCAUCUUCAAAUCCAUAACGACGACGCUGGGCGCCCUUUGCCGCCUGCGCAACGAUCUCAUCUCUUGCGCUCUCCCACACCUCAUGGUCGUCCUGAUCCGACUCGUGUCCCUCUUCGGUCAAGCACGUGCAGAGGUAGCACCCGCCCACUUGCACAAGGUCACUCAAAAUUCACCCGCGUGGCUAGACAUUCUCCAAUCACCGCUCGACGAAAGAGACGCGCAAAGUAUGGCUCGUCUGUUGACCACGCUCACCACCAAGUCCCACCCCGCCAACGGCGGCACCGGCAGCGGCAGCAGCGCAACUAGCAAAAAGCGCAAGCGAAGCGCACCCAGCAAAUCGACAUCCCUUGCUCAAGCCUUUUCAAAGUACGCGCCCCACGUCCUCGCAGCUCACAUUCGAUCUCUCAUCCAUCCAGCCACCUACGUUUCUGCUCGGUGCAGGACUGAGCUCAAACCGGGCCUGUAUGCGCUGUGUGAGAUGAUGGGAAGGCAUGAGAGGGACAGUUUGAUGCUGUCCGACAUGGAUCAGGCUCAAAGGUCCAUCCUCAAGACCAUAUGGGGCGAUUGGGAAUCUCAGAGGUACCGGGGAGAAUAG